UUAGUAAUGCCCUAUACCUGAAACAGUAUAACCUUGUGUGUGUCAGUUAUACUUCAGUUAAAAAAAAUGCCUCCCUCCUAGGGUUUUGUGAAGAUUUAAAGCAUAUAAUGGAUGCAUAGGAAACACUUGGAAGAAAGAAGCCUGAGACAUCAGCCUAUGAAGACUGUGAAGACAGUCCUGAAUAGCAGUUAUGAAUGGUGUUGCUGCUAGGCUUGUUCUACAGAGCAUCUGAAAUGAACCUCUCUUAUUGAUUGUUUUUAUUGGCCCAGAGCCAGGAGUACUGGAUUCAGUUGACUUCACGAUUAAAAGAAAACAGUUUUGGUUACCAUCAUAAACAUAUGAACCAUUGUGAUGGUGAAAUGAGAUGAGGCUCCGAAAUGGAACUGUAGCUACUGUUUUAGCAUUUAUCACUUCGUUCCUUACUUUAUCUUGGUAUACUACGUGGCAAAAUGGGAAAGAAAAACUGAUUGCUUAUCAACGAGAGUUUCUUGCCUUGAAAGAACGUCUUCGAAUAGCUGAACAUAGAAUCUCGCAGCGCUCUUCUGAAUUAAAUGCCAUUGUGCAGCAGUUCAGACGUGUAGGAGCAGAAACAAAUGGAAAUAAUACCCUAAAACUAUUAAAGGAGUUAACAAGCAAAAAAUCUCUUCAAGUGCCAAGUAUUUAUUAUCAUUUGCCUCAUUUAUUGCAAAAUGAAAGAAGCCUUCAGCCUGCUCUGCAGAUUGGUAAUGGAAGAACAGGAGUGUCAAUAGUAAUGGGAAUUCCCACAGUGAAGAGAGAAGUUAAAUCUUACCUCAUAGAAACUCUUCAUUCCCUUAUUGAUAAUCUGUAUCCUGAAGAGAAGUUGGACUGUGUUAUAGUAGUCUUCAUAGGAGAGACAGAUAGUGAUUAUGUACACAGUGUUGUAGCCAACCUGGAGAAAGAAUUUUCUAAAGAAAUCAGUUCUGGCUUGGUGGAAAUAAUAUCACCUCCUGAAAGCUAUUAUCCUGACCUGACCAACUUAAAGGAGACAUUUGGAGACUCUAAAGAAAGAGUAAGAUGGAGAACAAAGCAGAACCUAGAUUAUUGCUUUCUAAUGAUGUAUGCUCAGGAAAAGGGAAUAUAUUACAUUCAGCUUGAAGAUGAUAUUAUUGUCAAACAGAAUUACUUUAACACUAUAAAAAAUUUUGCACUUCAACUUUCUUCUGAGGAAUGGAUGAUACUGGAGUUCUCCCAGCUGGGCUUCAUUGGUAAAAUGUUUCAAGCACCAGACCUCACUCUGAUUGUGGAAUUCAUAUUUAUGUUCUAUAAGGAGAAACCCAUUGAUUGGCUCUUGGACCAUAUACUCUGGGUAAAAGUCUGCAACCCAGAAAAAGAUGCAAAACAUUGUGAUAGACAGAAAGCCAAUCUACGAAUUCGCUUCAGACCUUCCCUUUUUCAACAUGUUGGUCUGCAUUCUUCUCUAUCAGGAAAAAUUCAGAAACUCACGGAUAAAGAUUACAUGAAACCAUUACUUCUUAAAAUCCAUGUAAACCCACCUGCAGAGAUAUCCACUUCUUUGAAGGUCUACCAAGGACAUACACUGGAGAAAACUUACAUGGGGGAAGAUUUCUUCUGGGCUAUAACACCAAUAGCCGGAGACUACAUCUUGUUCAAAUUUGAUAAGCCAGUCAAUGUAGAAAGUUAUUUGUUCCAUAGUGGCAACCAAGAACAUCCAGGAGAUAUUUUACUGAAUACAACUGUGGAAGUUUUGCCUUUUAAGAGUGAAGGUUUGGAAAUAAGCAAAGAAACCAAAGACAAACGAUUAGAAGAUGGUUAUUUCAGAAUAGGGAAAUUUGAGAAUGGUGUUGCCGAAGGAAUGGUGGAUCCCAGUCUAAACCCCAUUUCAGCCUUUCGACUUUCAGUCAUUCAGAAUUCUGCUGUCUGGGCCAUUCUUAACGAGAUUCAUAUUAAAAAAGUCACCAACUGAUCAUCUGCUAAGAAUCCAGUACAUUUUUUUCCUGUGAAUUUGUUAAAGAUAGUUAAGCAUGUCCUUUUUUUUUUUUUUACACUUGAACACUACCUCUUGUGAAAUCUACUGUAGAUAAGAUGAUUGUCAUUUCCACUCGGAAAGUGAACGUCCCCUGGGUAAUUGCAUUCAUUCGAACCUAAGCUGUCCUCCAAUUUUAACUUGACUCAAACAUUUUACAGUUAUGACAGCCUGUUAAUAUGACUUGUACUAUUUUGGUAUUAUACUAAUACAUAAGAGUUGUACAUAUUGUUACAUUCCUUAAAUUUGAGAAAAAUAAUGUUAAAUACAUUUUAUGAAGGGGGUACUUUUGAAGUUCAUUUAUUUUACUAUUAUAGACCCUCUUUUAUAGAUUAUCAGGGAUUAUAUAUAUAAAUAUAUAAAUAUACAUAAAAAUGUUAUGGAGUUAAUUUAUUAGAAACAUUUAAGAAGUACAUAUUUUUGUGCAGUAAAUUUUUGAAUCAAUACUUUUUUUGGAAAGUUACCUUGCUUUUUAAGUUCUUUCUAUAUUUUUCUUUGGAAAUGCAAACAUUACAAAUUAAUGCCAUUUUUUCAAACGCACUGCCAUUUAAGAAUGAUUCUAGAUUGAUUUCCUAACUGAAGUACUUUUAUAAUUGCAGUGAUUCUGAAACAAAAUAUUUUCAGAGGCAUUUGUCAUUCCUUAAAGCCAAGAUUUUAAAGACCAAUGUCCUUCUUGAGGGUUAUUUUACUAUACUGUUUAUGGUGUAAAAAAUCAGUCUGGUAAAUUUUAAUGUGCAGAGGUCAUGCCUUCAACCCAAAUUACCAUGGACUCAACUCAUUACAUUCCCUCCGAAAUGUAAGAUGACAGACUCUUUUUUCUCUUUUAAUCUUUGUCUUUACUCCAUGAGUUAGAUGCAUUGUCUCUUGUCUGUCCUUUUGUAUCUGCACCCAUUUUAUGAGUUCUGACAAAAUGUUUUCUAGGUAAUGUUAUUGUAUGAGUCAAAAAUCACUUAAUUUUAAAGAAAAAUAAAAUUGUAAUAUUGGUUUUUAGGGAGAGGUAUUGUGGUUGUAUGUUUUUUCCAAAAUGAUUUAUUCUGUUGGAUUAUAAGCUUAUAAGUAAAUUUAUAUCUGAAGAGUAUUACUCUUAAACAUGUAAUUCCAGAUGUUAUUACAUAAACAAAAAUACUAUCAGCCUUAGCAAUCAGCAAUCUUUACAAAAAUAUUUUACGUUUAAGAAGUUAUACAUUAUCAGUAUCAGUUCCCAGCGAGUCUGGUGUGCCGCAGGCGGGGUGCAGGUGGGUGCAGGUGUGCAGAGGCUGAUCCCCGAACUCUUAGAUGAGCCAGUGGUGAAGCCUCGGGUGGCUGGAGGCUCCACCUGGCUCCUCUGGUCUGGAGGAGCUCCGUGUGGUCCCUGGGAUCCUGCACCAAGAGCUUCCAGACACGCUGGUCUGUGCGGCCUGGCGGGGCGAGAGGUGUUGGGAAACCCUGGAAGGGCACAGCUAUUUCCAUUACUCCUACCCAAAUCACCGUUAGUUGCUUUUCUUGAUUAAAGAGUUAUGCUUUGCCAAUAAUCUUUAUGUGAAGGCUAGUUAAAAAUCUUUAUUGGGUUUUUAAGAUUUACUUUUCCUUUUCUUUAAUUUCCUUUUUAUUUUGUCCUCAUAGUUCCCUGGCCUGAUGCCUGCAGGCAGAUUUCAUUUAAAAAACUUUCAUUACAAAAUUUUGGCAGCUGCUUCACAUAUUAAAUGACUGUUGUGACAAGUGAGUGUCCAGGGGGUAGCUCUGGAGGUGGGUCGAGAUGUCCUCUGGUCUCCUGGUUUCUACAGUAGCCCACUCUGAUUUUAGAGAGAAAGCCGUGCUCUGAAAAUCUAGGGAGGUGACAGUCGUCGCAGCUCGUCGCCAUUUGGUAGGGCUUCUGUCUUUAGACUGACGAGCCUUCCUAGCCAGCAUUUCCGUUUUCAUGCUCAGUCUCCCCUCCCAGGCUUAGCUCACCCCUCCUGUUCCCAAGAAUAUGCGGAGCCAAGUCUUACCCACCCUUCAGAAACUCCUGUGCGCUCCUCCCCAUGAAUCGUUACCAGUGCCUAGUAGCGCCUGGGACUGUGCCUGGCACAUGGCAUGUGCCCAGUCUGGGUCACCCAUACUCGCCUUUAACUCCCCUUUACCUACGUUCCUUGCCACACUCUUACACACGCACUCGGCUGUCAAGUUUCUGAUUGUUCACGGGUCAUGUGUUUGUGAGUGUACAUGUGUGUGCACACAUUCUCCAGAAAACCAGGCUUCGAGCUCCUGGGGGCAGGCCUGUGACCCUCCUUCCUGCCUGUCCCCUGCUGUGGCAGGUGCUUCGAGCGUCUCAGUGUGCGUCUCUCCCUUCCCCUACUUCCUCCCUAGAUUAGAAACAGCCGUGCUUUCCUCAGGAAGACAUGGCAGCGGUAGCCCUGUGGGUGCUAGGGGCAGAGCACCAGAGGAGGUGGAGAGUCCUGGGACUGAGAGGACCCCGGGGCCGCGUUUAUGAGACCUGUGAGUGGGCAAAGUGUCCCGUGGUGGGGCUAAUUAUUAAUAUGGAGAGAGAACUCAAACAUGGUUUGCAUCUGAUGUGUAAGCGUAAAUACAUAAACUGUUCAAGAUCUAAAGCUGCACUGUCCGCUAUCUAGUAGUAUACAGGCAUAUGGUGGCUAUUUAAAUUUAAAUUAAUAAAACCUCAGCUCCUCAGUCAUACUAGCUACCGUUAUUAGCCACAGGUGGCUAGUGGCCCUUGGAACAGCUAGCACAGAUCUAGAGCCUUUCCCCAUUGCAGAAAGUUCUUUUGGACAGCGCCAUGUCAGGGGUGCUAAUGUGAACACCUCAGAAACCAGAGUAACCUAUGUCUGCUAACAGCGGACAUGUAGAAUAUAUCACAGCGCAGAUGGUGUGUACGGUAGGCGAGAAGGUCAAGGACUGUUCCUGGGACUCUCAGAUCCAAGAUUUCUGCCUUCUUUACAGCACACACAGUGCUGCACUGUGUAGUCAAAGAACAGUGGUUUCAGGUGGUGAGAUUAAAAAGCUUUGGAAAAAGUGAAUGCAGACGGAUUAUUUAGCAGGCAGGCUGUAGACACAUACAUGUAUAUUAAUUCAACAACCAGAGAGGUCUUUGAAAAACGUAUGGCUUCUCAGAUCGCUGGUUGCACCAGUAAGUGAUUAGAAGGUGUCAUUAUUUUAAAAAAGCUUCGGCAACCUUCUGAAGGCUUCUUUUAAAUCUGUCAUCAUAAUGAAAAGUUUGUCUCUUAACAGUGCUGUCCUCAAGGACAAGUUUGGUUUUGUGGAAACAGCAUGCUUGGAGCGACUGCUCUAACAACAGUGUGUAUUUGUAGUAGCUGGAAUUCUGCACUUGACCCUCAGGUACCUAUAGGAGAUCCUCCCCCUUUGUGUGUGGGUGGAACCCAUGAAUACCAUCCGUAACUGUUACACAGCGAAAGGGAGAUUACCUGGGGACAGCUCACCUGAUCAUGUGAGCCCUUUAAAAGCAGAGUUUUCUCAGGCUGGUAGCAGAAGUCAGAGAUGGCGAUCAGGAGAAGGACCCAAGGCACCACUGCGGGUUUAAGAAGGAGGCACAAGAGAAGAAAUGCAGAUGCCCGCAAGGAGCUAAGGGAGGCGUCCGCCGACAGCCCAGGGAAUGGGAACUGCGGCUCUACAGGCACAGGAACUCCGUGAAUCAACAACCUGAAAGAACCUCCUCCAGCAAAGUUGAGCCCAGCCUACCACCACCUUGGUUCCAGCCUUGGGAGACCCACUGCUGAGAAUUCAGGUCAAGCCUGCCCUGACUUCUGGCCUGCAGACUGUGAGAUAACAAAUAGGUGUGGUCUUCAGCUUCUGAAUUCGUGAUUUGUUAUCUAGCAAUAGAAAAUUAAUAUAAUAUUGAAAAGAGAUGACAAGUCUUCAUACGUGAUUCCCGGUAGUUAAGUUGAAUAUUUCUCUAUAACCACGUGAGUCAAGUCUUAGACUAGCAAACUUUUACCUGGGCCUUUCUGGAGUCUAUCUCCCAGAGAAUCGCAAGUAAUCUUGAUUGGAAGUUUGUUGCCAAAAACAUCUUAGCAGUGUAUCUUACCAGUAUUUUUUGUAAAGAAACUGCUAGAAUGGUAUUGUGCUUGUACUAGAAUGAGGACCCAGUGUAUAUAGAAUCUUUUUCCUGGAAGAGGUGUUACUUUGUGCUGGUUUAGUCUGCUCUGAGCCUGUCAGUAUAUGAUUUAAGAAUGAUGAACAGUGGUGUUUUAAAUAAGAUAUUAGAAGAGAGAAAAAAAUCUUCUGCCUUUACAUAGGGAUCAGAUAAUCUACUCCGUAUUGAAGAACUUUUUAUGUUUUUAAAAACCCAAACUUGUUUAUUGUCUGAGCACAGAUCAAAUUCUGUAGGUGUCAACCAAAUUUUUGUACUUUGCAAAUAAUUUCCAAAAUCCCUCUCUGCUUCCAAGCCAUUGCUAGUGAAGCUUGUUUUUAUUCUGUACAUUAAUUUUUGUGCUUAUUUUUACUAUAUUGCCAUACUCUUAAUAGAAGAAAAGCAGAGCUACAGGGAAGAAAAUGAGAGAGGCUAAGACUAUCAGAAGAUCAGAAAUUGGAGUCAUAAUCAUCUUAGUGUUCUAAGGAAACUCAAAUAGCCCAGCUCUUUCUUUUAUGGAAAAAGAAACUUUUCCAAGCUAUGUAGCUUUACUUACAGUGUGUGAAAUUCAGUUUGAUAGCUGUAUAAUUUUAAUAAUCUUGGUAGAUGCCAUAACUAGUAUGCUUAGUUUCUUUAAUGCAUGUGAACAUACAGUACUGAAGACUACUACCACAGUACUUGAAAAAAGAUGUUAUAUAUAUGUCCCUAUCAUCAACACCUAUAUAUAAACUCUUCUUGCCUAAAACACUCCACCGUUUUGGGCACUAACUAGACCAUUUUCAAGUAAUCAAAAGGGAAAGAGCAGGCACUCCUGUGUGUGUGCGUGCACCUGUGCACUGAAAAUUUAGACCACCUCAUUUAAGAAAAUAAGCUGGGUAUUGAAUGGAAAGCACUCUGUGCAAAGUAUCAUUCCCAGUGUUGUUCACAUUGCAGUAAAAAUGGUAAUAGUGGUGCUAAAACUGUUCUCCAAAUAAGCAUUGUUUGUUGUGGGGAAUAUUUAAUAGUAUCUUGGACACUAGGGAGGCUACUUUAUAGAUCACUUGCUCCUCGUUGUUUUCUGAUUAGUAAUUAGCAAAUUCCCCUGGAGUCAAAGGUUUGGUAUUUUAGUUUGAUUAGCAUUCCAUAUUAAUUGAAAUGUUCAGAGUUUGCUGGAAAUUGGGUGAAAAUACCUUUUGAAGACAUAUUUGAGCCUUAAAAAUGGCUGAUACCGACCAUACUGUAAGAUGCACGGCCAGCACAUUUGAUACUUUUCAAGUCAGUACAGUGAUGUUUUCUAAGGAUUUAGAAAUCAGCUGAUUAAACGUAACAACUUUGUUUCAUUUAUGGAAUGAAAAACUAAUGUCUUUCUCAUUGAGAACACUGGAAAGGUUAUGGCUGUUUCUGGAAGCACCUGUCAGAGAAGGUGCCUGAGGAAUUGCUUUUCCAGGUUGUAGCAGAUUUUUUUUUUCCUCUUUUAAUGUACAUAUAUUCCUUAAAAUGUUUUCAUUAGGUGAAUGGGUAAUCUCUGUAGUAAUAUUUUGGGUACCUGUUAGAUUUUUAAAGGAAGAUUAUUUAUUUUCAAAUUUGCUGCUAUAAUUGAAAACCUAAUAACUAGUCCUGUUGACUGUGCCUUUCAUCACUGUUUCUCUGUGCCACGGCCGUUCAUGUGUAUAUGAAAUGAUGAAGCUUAAGAAGAAGCCAUGUUGAAUUCAAGAGUUCUUCUAAUAAAAAGAUAAAACUUUAA